AGGACGUCAAAGCUGAAGCGUCGUUCAGUUUCUUCCUCAAUUCAAACUCUUCAUUUGCCUUUUGAUUUGCAGCGCGACUUUGUGUGCUUACUUCACAACUUUUUAAAACACACUUAAUCUUUCCCAGCGGUGUCUGUAUACGCCUUACGAAGAUAGCGUUUAAGGACUAAUUUGACGUACAAAAUAUUUUACACGAUGGCUUUAAAGUUUUGCGAUGCUUUUUGGGGUGCUGACUUUACUGACCAAUCAGGUUAUGAAGCCAUUUUGCAGAGGUUACAGGAUGGCAGACACAUGUGCAAAGAUGUGGAAGAGCUGUUUAAAAUGAGAGCAAUGGCUGAGGAGAGGUACGGAAGAGAGCUGGUAGCCAUUGCUCGGAAAGCAGAAGGUCUAACCGAAAUUGGAACAUUAAAAGCAUCAUUUGACAGGAUGAAAACUGAGAUGGAAAAGUCAGGUAAUCUGCACAUCCAACUAUCUGAAAAGAUAAGGGAGGAUGUCCAGAAAGUCGAAGCGUUUCGAGAACACCAGAGGGAACAGAGAAAAAAGCUUGAAGAGAUUAUUGAAAAACUUCAGAAGUCUAAGAUGGCAUUGCACAAGAAGACCAUGGAGUCAAAAAGGUUACAUGAGCAGAGAUGUAAAGAGGCUGAUGAAGCUGAGCAAGCAAUAGGGAAGAAGACAAAUGUGACCACCUCUACCCACCGGCAAUCAGAAAAGGUGCUGAACAGGGCCCGAAUAUGCAGGCAAUCAGCCAAUUUAGCAGAAAAGCAGUACACAUGGAAUGCUGAACAGCUAGAAAGAUCUCUUCGGGACUGGGAAAGCACAUAUAGGAGUGCAUGUGAGGUGUUUCAGCAGCAGGAGUCUGAACGCAUUAAUAUCUUACGCUGUGUGUUAUGGGAUCACUGCAAUCUGCUGUCUGUUCAGUGUGUGAAUGACGAUGAGUGCUAUGAAGAAGUAAGGAAGGUUUUAGAGUUGUGUGACAUCAUUGCUGACAACAACUGCUUCAUUGAGAUGAAAAAGACCAGCUGUCGUCCACCAGCACUCACCGAGUUUCAGUGUUACAGCGAAGUGAAUUCUAAUCAAAGUGCCAGGAGGUUUGAAACAAACAGAUUAUCUGUCGUGCUGCCGGUGAGGGCGCCCUUUUGUGACAACCAAGAAGCAAGCAGGAAUUCGGGGGGACCAUUUACCCCUGCUGAAGAAAGAGGAGGCGUAUCUGAGAAGUACAUGGUGUUGUAUAGUUUCAGAGCUCAGGAAGCAGAUGAGCUGUCUAUUAAUAAAGGAGACACUGUCAUAGUAACUGAGCAAGGUGAAGACGGGUGGUGGACAGCAUGGAAAAAUGGAUUAUGUGGGAUGGUCCCUGGAACUUACUUAACUAAAAUCUCAUAGCAAAACAGAGAUCCCCCUCUCCUCAUACUGCAUCCCUUCCCAUCAAGUGAAAUUAAGCAGAUAUGGACAUGAAACUAAUAUGAAUUGAGUCAGUACACUAAAACUAAAUAUUACGUCCAUGUGAUGUAAAAGAAAACGUGACUCAAUGGACCAGAUUACCUUCUUCCACUGCUCUGUGCUCCAUUUCCAUGCUCAUUGUAAGCACUUUUGAUUGUGGUAAGAGGUGUCAUGACCGGUUUGCAGCUGUGCAGCCCUACAUUACAUGAAAUGUGCUGUUGUGAAACAUGCCUAAUACUAUCAGCAUUAAAAUUUUGUUUUGUUUGUGAAAUAAUA